UAUAACUUAGAACAACAAGAUGAAGUUACGAAUAUGCCCUCAAAAGUUUGUCUUGUUACAAUUAUGCCUAUCUGGUUUUCUGAUUCUUGGAAUGGAAACGAUGUCGUUUGAAGUCGCCUCCCGAAUGUUCAACCUUGAGAAGACCAACUGGGUUUUGCAUCAAUUACAUUUGGGAAAGGAAGAGGAAGAGAAGGACGAUGAACACGUGGUUUCGAAGAUUUUCUACCAGCAGCAGAAGCAAAAUGAAAAGACUGAUGAAAGUAUAAUCCGUGAGGAUGCUGAUACUUAUACUAUUCGAACUAGUCCAAGGACCCCGAAACCUAAUCCUCCUGAUCCACCUAGGCCAGGCGAUUUUAUGGCAUAUGAUGAUGUCUUUGAUGAGAUCUUGCUCCAUUCAUCGGCACAGAGAUUAGAGGAUGUUGAAGAAGUAUUUAAAGUUUGCAAUGAGGAAUAUGUGGGAUAUUCAUCGUGGUUGGGAAGCGAAUCUCAAGCUCUCGAGAGCUCCAAUACCAUAGACGAUGUCAGGAGAUUUUCGAUUCUUCUUUAUCUAAUAAUGGCCUGAAUUAUGCUUCAUAUACAGGCGCCCCAGACAAUGCAAAUGAGAUGAUAGGAAACCAUAAUGCAUCCUUCGGGAUCUCUGGAUACUCCACCGGAUUUUCUCCUUUCUAUACAUUAAGAUCGUGUUUGGCCCAAUCAGCAUUUUCAAUUCCAAGUGAAAAAUAGAAAUUGAAUUGCCAUCAUCAAAGAAUUCAAAGUAAAUAGUACUAAUUCAAAACACAAUAAAUUUUGUUGUAAUUAUAAAUAUCGAAGACUAAUAUUAAAAUUAGAACUAAAUAGUUAUUAGGAAUUGAGUGAGAAUUUAAACCAAAUGCAGUGCAAUAAUUUGCUUUGGUUUGAUUCAUAUUCAAUUUCUAUUAGAAUAUCAGUAGUAUGUAAAGCCAGCAAGAAAUCUACUUUCAUUAAAUUUAGGGUAAAUAGUCAUACACAGGAAUUGUAAUCAAAUCUAUAUACUAAGAUUACUGUAUUUAAUUUAGUGAAGGAAUUGGACCACAUAGACAGUAAA